AUGGCGCUGCUCGCCAUCCAGGGCAUGGCCAUGUCCACCGCCGCCGCGGCCCUCCCAUCCCACAACCACGGCGCCGUCUCCUCCUCUGUCUCCACCUCCUCCUACGCGCUCGCAGCCUCCGCCGCUUUCCCCCGCGUCCGAGCUGCGUUCGCCGUCGGCGCCGUCACGUCGGCUACCGUCACUCCAGUUCUUGACGUCUACUGUGGGAGAGGGGACAAGAAGACGAAAAGGGGCAAAAGGUUCAACCAUUCAUAUGGCAAUGCGAGGCCGCGCAACAAGAAGAAGGGAACUGGGCCUCCGCGGCUCUUUGCUCCUCCAGCUCCUCCAAGGAAAGACCAGUUCGAUGACGGGGAGAUCAUUUCAAUCGAGAUUGAUGAGGACAUCCUGGAAUAG